GCGCCACAGAACUUCAGAAACGUCAUUAACUCGUAGUAGGUAAACAUUUCGACGUACGAACAACACGAAAUUCUCUCAUUUUCCUGCAAUUUCAUUUCUCCAACACUUCGAUAAAACAACAAAAAGACAAGCAUCAAGAACUAUGGCAGCAAUUGGACGUAAAUUGGUUGACAGCUUGAAGAGCAAGGAAUUUCGCGAUUAUUUGUGCAGCACACAUUUUUGGGGACCCGUCGCUAAUUGGGGAAUUCCCAUUGCCGCCCUUUCCGACAUCAACAAAGACCCCAAAAUCAUCAGUGGCACAAUGACAACCGCCCUUUGCUUGUAUUCGCUCGUCUUCAUGCGAUUCGCCUACAAAGUCCAACCCCGAAACUGGCUCCUGUUUGCGUGUCACGUCACAAAUUUCACCGCGCAAUGCAUACAGAACGGCAGAUUCAUCCAAUAUCACUAUUUGGGUGGCAAGGAAAAAGCAGGACAUCUCUAAAGUUACCUAAAAAAACGAUCCAAAUGAAUUUUCUCAAUUAAAAAGAAAUUAAUUUCAUAUAUUUUUGUUACGAAAUUGCAGUGAAUUUCAAUAUAUCGAUCCCCUUUAGUGUUAAAAAAUUUUUUUGUUAUUAAUUUAAAUAGAUUUUUUGUUGAGUUAUUGAACAAAUACAAAUUAUUAUGAUAGAUGAUAAAAAAAAAUUGA